AUGAAGUUUCUGACAUCUUUUCUCUGCACGCUCCUUUUCUUCUCAAGUCUAGCACUUGGUGUGCCAACAGCACCCAAACGGAAAGGCAGGUCCUUUAAAGUAGAUCGGGUGCGACGCAGUGACUAUGUGCCCUAUGGUCCUGCAGCCUUGCGAAAGGCUUACCGCAAGUUCAACAUCACCCAAACGAAUUUCGGCCUCGAUGUUCUUGAUUUUGAACCCAUCAAGCCCAGUGAGCUUGCUUCUAAGGCGACCACCAAUCCCAAGGAGCCAGAUGAGCAGGGUGCCGUGAGUGCCAUGUCUAUUAAUAAUGAUGCUGAGUUUGUGUCCCCAGUUCAGAUUGGCGGGCAGACACUGGUGAUGGAUUUCGACACUGGAUCGUCAGAUUUGUGGGUGUUCAACACCCAGCUCAGCAAGGCGGCCCAGCAAGGCCACACUAUCUAUGAUCCGGCUAAAUCUCAAACCUUUAAGCAAAUAGAGGGCGCGACAUUCAACAUCACUUAUGGUGAUGGAUCCAGUGCUUCCGGCAACGUUGGGACCGAUACUGUCAAUAUUGGAGGUGCCACUGUUGAAAACCAGGCUGUCGAACUGGCGACCGAGGUGUCCCAGUCGUUCAUCGAAGACACCAGCUCGAACGGACUGGUGGGCCUCGCAUUCUCCAAACUCAACACGGUACAGCCUCAGCAACAAAAGACCUUCUUCGAUAAUAUCGCGAGCUCGUUAGAUGAACCUGUCAUGACUGCAUCUCUGAAGGCCGGCGGUGUGGGAACCUACGAGUUUGGAAGGAUCGAUCAAACUAAGUUCACCGGUCAGCUUGCGAAUGUGUCUGUGGACAAUUCCAAUGGCUUCUGGCAGUUCAACUCUGCGCAGUUUGCCGUUGGUGAUGGGCAAUUGCAGGAUAUCCGAAUUGCACCCACCGCCAUCGCUGACACGGGCACUUCGCUCAUGCUCGUCAGUCCUGAAGUCGCCGAAGCAUACUACUCGCAAGUCCAGGGUGCCGUGUUCGCAAACCAGGCUGGUGGAUUCAUCUUUCCCUGCGAUGCUCAGCUGCCCACCUUGUCAAUAGCCGUAGGCGAUGACAACUUGGCAACCGUGCCGGGAGCGGUGGGAUCAUUCUCCGAGAUUGGAACGAACACCACGAACGGCCAAAAGCAUCCAGAAACGUGCAAAAAGGAAGAAUCGACAAUUGCUGUAUCAGGUACCUUAACUGGUCACGCCUGUCCAUACCAGCUGCCCAAGCUGAAGCCCCUCACCUCCGCCGGGACUCUACUGCGGGCCGCAGGAACCCCGCUUCUCCGUCAACCACAGACCUCAUUCCUUGUCCUGCGAUCUCGCCCAAGCCUCGCUAUCAGUCGCCCUUCUCUGCCAGGCAGACUCUCUCCAAGAUUUCAUUCCCGAUACUUUUCCAAAAUGGCCACCGCUUCCGCUCCCGAGAGCUCUCUGCUCUCCCUGCUCUACCGUUCCUAUCCCACCGCGAUCUCCCCGGAUGCGACCGAACUCGAUCUCGCCCAUGCCACCCCUAAUAUCUUCCCGCAGAACUCUUACUCGGAAGCCGAGGAGGCAGAUAUCAAACAAUGGCUGAAUACCAUCCGUGGUUUGACCGCUGCCCUUGGCAAGGAUGACAAGCAUGUCAUCGACACGAUCCUCGCCAAUCUCAACACCCAUCUGGCAACGCGGACAACUCUCCUCGGCGCGAAGCCUUCUGUUGCGGACAUUGCGGCCUACGCGGUGUUGGCCCCCAUUGUGGAGAAGUGGACUCCCGAGGAGCGUACUGGAGAGAAGGGAUACCACCAUAUUGUGAGACACAUCGACUUUGUUCAGAAUGGAUCACUGUUCGCUCUCAACAUCCCGGACGAGGAGAAAGUCGCCAUAGACGUGGAUGACGUUCGCUUUGUGCCGAAACCAGUGGAUCCUAAGGAGGAAAAGGAGCGGAAGAAGAAGGAGAAAGCUGAAGCCCAAGCUGCGGGUAAAGAGAAGACAGUUGUUGUAGGACAGAGCAAGGCCGAGAAGGGCAAGGAUACCGUCCGCGAGGCGCCGGAGUCCACUAAAGAAGCGCCUGACGCGGCUAAGAAGGAGAAGAAGGAAAAGAAAGAGAAGAAGGAGAAGCAGCCCAAGCCCGCGCCCGCGCCCGCUGCACCGCUGUCGCCGUCCCUGAUUGACCUCCGUGUCGGUCAUAUUCUUCGUGCGAUCCACCACCCCAACGCGGAUUCCCUCUAUGUCUCUACCAUCGACUGCGGUGACGCUCCUGGAACCGAAAACACGUCGCUGGACGAGGCCACGGGUAAGACAGUUCGGACGGUCUGCUCUGGAUUGAAUGGCCUCGUACCACUCGAAGAAAUGCAAGGCCGCAAGAUUGUUGCUGUUUGCAACCUGAAGCCCGUCACUAUGCGCGGCAUCAAGUCGGCCGCCAUGGUUCUCGCCGCAUCACCACGCGUGGCUGAGGGAGAGGAUUCUCAUGCCGGCCCUGUUGAACUUGUCACCCCACCGGCGGAUGCUGAGGCGGGUGAGCGGGUCUUCUUCGAGGGCUGGAGCGAAGGCGAGCCGGAGAAGGUGUUGAACCCGAAGAAGAAGAUCUGGGAGACCUUCCAGCCCGGUUUUACGACCACCGACAACUUGGAGGUUGCGUUCGACAGUACGCAGGUUCCUAUUCUGCAGAGCGGAGAGGCAUCUGCCACGGCAGCCAGGAAUCCUAUUGGGAGACUGGUUACGAAGUCAGGCGGUGUCUGCACAGUAAAGAGCCUCAAGGGCGCUACGGUCCGAUGA